UGGCGGCCUCCAUUGGAUUUACCGCAUCGCGACGAUGGUUUUUCAAAUCCAUGCCGCCUUUGAUUCAGCUCAGAAAACCUUUCCCAAGACGGUGCAAUGUGCGAAACAUCACCAGAAGCAAUUUUCUUGCAGGAGUGGAAGGAACUAAACUCCUGAUGCCUGCUCUCUCACCAACAAUGGAGGAAGGGACGAUUCUCAAAUGGCUCAAACGAGAAGGUGAUGUAAUAGCAGCCGGGGACGCCCUGUGCGAGAUUGAGACAGACAAGGCCACUCUGACGUUGGAUGCAGACGACGAUGGAGUGCUUGCCAAGAUUCUGGUUCCUGAAGGCACGUCUGGGGUGAAGAUCAGCUCCUUGAUUGCCCUUCUCGUCGCAGAGGGGGAGGAUUACAAGGCUGUUGAAAUGCCAGCAGACGCCGAUGCUGGUCCACCACCAGGAGACGCGACAGUAUCGGAGGGACAGAUCCAUGGGGUGUCUGACACGGUGCAGUUUUCCAGCAUGAGACACGCUGUGGGAAAAGACAGUGGUGUGUUAUCUCCCGCCGUACGACAGCUCCUCGACACACAUCAACUCAGCGCCGGAGACAUCCUACCCAGCGGGCCCCACGGACGAUUGCUCAAGGGUGAUGUUCUUCAGUACAUUCAAGAAGGUGGAGCCAAGAAAUCCCCCUCCGUUGAAGCCAAAGUGCCAGAACCCACGCCGCAAGCUCAGACAGCAACCCCUGCACCGAAAUUUGUGCCGCCUGCAACGGAGCUCCAACAACAGGCCACCUAUACAGAUAUUGAACUGACCAACAUCAGGAAAGUGAUCGCCAAGAGGUUGACAGAAUCCAAGAGGACUAUACCCCACAGCUAUGCCAGUACCGAGUGCAACAUGGAUCAUGUCAUGAAAAUCAGGAAAGAUCUGCAGCAGGAAGGCAUCAAGGUAUCUGUCAAUGACUUCAUUAUCAAGGCCGCUGCUGUGGCACUCAAGGAACUGCCAGAUGUCAAUGCCUCCUGGUCGGGGAAAGAACCUCAGCGGCUGCCGGAUAUUGACAUAUCAGUUGCCGUUGCAACCGACAAAGGACUCAUCACCCCUAUUGUCAAGAACGCUAUCGGGAAAGGUCUGGUGGAAAUCUCGGAGAACGUGAAGGACUUAGCAGCUAGGGCAAGAGAAGGCAAACUACAGCUCCAUGAGUUCCAAGGCGGAUCAUUCAGUAUUUCCAAUCUGGGUAUGUUCGGCAUCAGCAAAUUCACCGCCGUCAUCAACCCGCCCCAGGCCUGCAUCCUGGCAGUGGGCACGGCCCGGAUGACCCUCAGCAAAUCCCUGAAGCCACAGGCCAUGACCACCGUCAUGCUGUCCAGCGACGGCCGGGUAGUGGAUGACGCCUUGGCGGCCACGUUCCUGCGGUCCUUCAAGAAGAACCUCGAGAACCCUCUCCGAUUGGGAAUUUUAUGAUUUGAUAUUAAAGAAGAGAGUUUUAAAAUUUCUGCAUUGCAUAGGAAAAGAACAAUUGUAAACUGGACUUUAAAAACUAGAGGAAAAUGUUUUAACCACUCCCUGCCGGGUGACCCGUUUUCGAGUACAUAGGCUUCAUAUGCAGAGCCGGGGAGCCCGGAA